AAAAAAACUAAUUUUUACAUGGUUUUGUACAUGCCAGCAUACCAGCAUCCAGAGACCAAAAUAUACUAUGGAAGAUUCACCACCAUUAAUCCUUUGUUUGGAAAACACAAAUGGGGAAGAAGUUGCAUUAAAGAUUGAACCAUAUGAUACUUUUAAAAUAUUUCUGGAUAAAGCCAAGUCACUUCUAGGCUAUGACGUCGAUUUAAACGCGAUAACGGGCAACCAACCGGUCAAUCUGGACGAAAGCGCUUAUACUUUCCUUUUAAAUGCUGAACAAAGUCUUCCGGAUACAAAUUUGGAUCCACCAAAUUACGAUAAUAAUCCUAAAGAUUCUGACGACCUAGUUUACGUCUUAGAUGAUGGAACACAAAUACGAGCCUCUCAAAUACAAUUUGAUAAUGAAGAUCCUCUCACAGAUCUAACAGCUGAGAAUAUACCAUUUGUUAAAUAUACAGAUAGUCCAGACGAAAAUGAUAUUAAUGAUAUUGAAAUUCGCACUAUAAAAGACAUAAACAUAGUCGAAAGUCCUGUGGCAAAUAAGAAUUUUAGUCCAAAAGGCAAUUUUGCCAAUAGUCUCCCUUUUAAACUUGUCUGCAAUAACAUAUCGAAUUUCGAAGCGCAGUUCGCUAAAUAUCUCGAAUCCAGUGCGAAAAUGUUCGCGACAAACUCUGUUGCCAAUAAAAACAGAUCGCCUAGAAAUGUUGAUGAUUUUAAAAAUGACGACAAAACGUUAAAAGAUAGUAAUAACUUUUAUACUCGUGAAGAAAUACUGAAUAUGUUUAAAGAUUCUCCCGUGACUCCUCUACCGUGUGAAGACAAUCAGAGUUACGAAACUCGAAGACAUGUACGGAAGACUGAUCCUUCAAGACUUGUUUAUAAGGGCUGGAAUGCCAAACCAGUUAUAGACUUAGAUUCAGCUAUUGACAAGCACGAUUGUUUCAUAUGCUGUAAAAACAUCGAAAGCAACGAGAAGUUGUAUUUAUUUGACAAAGAAGAUCAAAUGUUGCAUCGUUGCGAGCAAAGGAAAUAUAUGACUCAGCUCAAAAUUAUCUGCGAGAAAUGCUUAGGAGAAAAUUUUAAGCCAAGCAGAAUGAAAAGUCCAAGUCAAUCCUUAAACAACGAUGAAUAUUUGGUCAUUAAAAAUAAUCAACAAUAUAUUUUUCAAAAGACAACAUCAAUUAAUUUCAAUAAUACAAUUUACAAUCCAAGGAAAACUAUAGAAGUGGAUUCUAGAAGUAAAGAAGAGUUCGUUAAAGUAGAAAUUGGACCAGAUGGAGAAAUUAUAACGAAACUAGUUGACAAUGUAAGGGUCGAUGAUAUGACGAUGGUGAAAGAUGAGAAAAAAGGUAGUUCGAGUGACUUGGAAAUAAUAGAGCCGGAAACGGAAAUUGAUAUAGAAAACAUUGAAGAUGAAGACGUCAAGGAAUUCUUGGGGAAGUACCAACGUGACGGUAAUGUUGAUGCAGAGGAAUUAAAAUGCAGAUUUUGUAAUGGAGAAUUCAAGGAGUUACCAGAAAUAUUAGACCACUGUGAAGACCAUAAACACGAUCUUGAUGAUGGUACCGUUUAUCCAUGUCCGCUAUGUGAUUACGGUUAUGCUAAUAUAAAAUGGCUUAAAGGUCAUAUAAAAGCUGCACACGGUGAUCAGAAUCAAAAAAAGGACGAGGAUGCUGUUGAAGAAGUAAAUAAUGAUGAAACAAAUGCAGUAAACAGUUCGCCGGUUGCAAAACGAACUCGCAGCGCUAUUAAACGGAAUGACGUUGAACAUGACUCUGGUUAUUAUUUUAAACCUUUUCAUAUAGAACAUCGAACGUUUACAACCGAAGUCAAACAAGAGUGUAUAGAAAGCAGCGACGACUCGAUAUGGAUCGUGCAAACCGGAGACGAUGACGUCACUGAACAGCUAGAGAAGUUGCUUAAGGUUAAAGAAGAUGGUCGGAACUACGAUGAACUGAAGAAACAUAAGUGCUUUAAUUGCAGUCAAAUAUUUCCUUCGUCCGAGUCUCUGACAAGCCACAAAUGUAGAAAACGGAAGCAGAAAUCCAUGUUAAAAGAUGAUUCGGGUGUGUACGUGCCGUCUGAGGAGGAUUUCUUAAAGAGAGCUCAAGGAAAACCUCGACCUCUUGAAGAGUCUGGUGACAAGGACCUCUUAAUAGCGCGAGGCCGUAAGAAGAAGAACCGGGAACAAAUGGACUCUCAGAUUAUGACGUGUCACAAUUGCAACGAGUCAUUUACGUCCAAAGUGAGACUCAAAUUUCAUAUGCAAUUCCACGAAACAUCGAACCUCAUAACGUCGGACGGUCAUUACGCGUGUACGGAGUGCGAGAACGUCAAGUUUGACACGGAGACUGAGUUAUUCGACCACGUGCACUUCCAGCACGACAAGCAGAAACGCUGGCAGUGUCCGGUCAAGGGCUGCGGGAAGACGUUCUUUUUAAGGGCAACUCUAACGAAACACAGUCGAACACACACUGACACCAGGCGUUACGUCUGUGUGACUUGCGGUAAAAGAUUCCUUGACAAGCAGACGUUAGACGAACAUGGCGUUACACAUUUACAGAUAAAACCUUUCCAAUGCCACAUCUGCUUCAAACAACUGACCAGACGGUCUCGUCUCCGAAUGCACUUGCGAGCUCACGAAGAGGAACUGUCUCCAGCGCUAGUGUUGACCUGUGCGAUGUGCUGCCGAGCUUUCAGAGAUGAAAACGAUGCACAGGAUCAUGCCAAUAAGGCGACGGAAUGUAUAGAGGAGUUCACUAAUGAACUGAAAGAGGAAACCGAAGCUACGGAACAGCUGUCGCCGACCAGUGGCAUCGUCAGACACGCGGUUCGAGUUGUUGAAUACCCACGUCUUACGAAAGGCAUUGAACGUGAAGUGAAAAACGAACAAAGUGAGAUCUUACUGUCUGCACUUGACGACGCAGCGAGGAAUAUCAUUCGUGUUGUCAAUAUCGAAAAGGCGUUCAGAUGCGAAUAUUGUGAAGACGUAUUCUACAUGGAAAACGCUCUGAACAGUCACAGGAUUAUCCAUAAAGGGAUAAAAAAUCCCUUCACUUGUCAUAUCUGUAAAGUAUCUUUCGCUACGUAUUCUAGAUGCACGACACACAAAACUACCCACGGCUUUUACAAACGUAGUACCGCUGAGGGUCGUAAUGAAGGUACCGCGGGGCCUGCCAGCGCUGGCAUUCUCGGCUACGGUGGGUUUCCUGUUGUGAAGCACUUUCUAUGUGAGGACUGCGGUCGCUCGUACCUCCACUGGACGUAUCUCCAAGUGCAUCGUCGUAUGAAACAUGCUAAUGAAAAUUAUAUUUUCAAAUGUAAUCAAUGUGAGAUGACAUUUCCAAACAGUUGGAGUAUGACAUAUCAUAGAAAGAAAAUACACGGGAAAAGUGGACAGGAUGACAACGGAGGUUUCACGAAAAUAAUAAGAGAGAAUUACAGGAUUCCCUGUCGUGAUUGUGACGCAGUAUUGUCAAACAAAACUGAUCUCUAUAAACAUAGGAAGAAGGAGCAUUGUGACGAUUCGCAGUUUAUUGAUAAUGAGGAUAACAUUCAGACAACGAUUUGCGGCCAGUGUGGUCAUAAUUUGCACAACGUUACCGCCUUGCAGAAACAUAUCAAGGAGGUGCACGGCGCGGCGGGCGCGGGGGGCGCGGGCGGCGCGGCGCGUGCGCACGCGUGCCCCGUGUGCGCGCGCGCGUUCCGCUCGGCGUCCGUGCGCGACGAGCACGUCCGCGUGCACACGGGCGAGCGCCCCUACCCGUGCGACGUGUGCGGGGUCGCCUUCAGGAGGUUGACAGCUAUGCGGAACCACAGAUUAAUCCACACUGGGGUCCGUGUGUGGGCAUGCACGAGAUGCCCCAAACGUUUCAGGAUUAAGUCCGAUUUGAGGACGCACCUCAGACUUAAGCAUCCAUCGCAUUUAGUUGUUAUAGAGUUCGAAGGUACGAAUUGCAAUCCUGAGGAAAUAACGCAACACUUGGCCCUAAACAAUAUAGCGGAAGACAAGGUCAUCGAGAUAACGAUGAUCACCUUCGCCAAGGACUCAAGAAAUAUUAUACCGAACUCUUCGCGUGCUCUGUCCCUACUAAGUGACGUUCCGAGAACACAGAUCGUGGGCGAGAAGCUUCCAGAACCAACCGAUAUGGUCCAUUCGUUUUUACAAUCCAGACGCGGCCGUGGUAUCGCUAAAACCCAAAAACUGGUUCAACAGCACCAAAGUCAAGAAUAUUCCUUAAAUAUGAACGCCGAUAACGACAAUUUAUCGAACUUGAACGUUCAACUCUUACUUCAAGAUAGCGCUCCUGUCAACGGAAACGAAAUGGUGCAACUACAGAUCGAUGAUAGAUCGUUUUUAGGAUAA